GCGCACAGACGGCGCGGCGCCCGGGGCGGCGGUGGCGGCAUGCAGGCGGCCCUGGAGAUCACGGCGCGCUACUGCCGCAGUGAGAUGGAGCAGUACGGGCGCUGCGUGGCCGACAGCCCGGCCUCCUGGCAGCGCGACUGUCACCCGCUCCGCCUCCGCAUCUCCCGCUGCGCCGCCGCUCACCCGAUCGUGCGGCAGAUCCGCCGGGACUGCGCCGAACCCUUUGCCGCUUUCGAGCGGUGCCUGAGGGAGAACCAAACCUCCGUCGUCAACUGCAGCGACCACGUCGACGCCUUCCUGCUCUGCGCCGACCGGGUGAAGCUCCCCGCGGGAGGGGAGCCUUGGGAUUCAAAUUCAUCUUGAGGACUGAAUGAAAAGUCUCUCUGAACUCUGGAGUAUUGUUCCAGCGCAUGGUUGGGUUGUUUUUUUCUUCUCCUCUGAAAAACAAAGCGCAGCCCUGCGAUGUGGUUUUCUCGGUGCUGGUCACACUACGCUUGUCCCCAGCAGACGCCUGGACUCCGAGCGGGAUGUCAGAACAUUCCUGACAGAGACACUUGUGUGCUGAUAGUGCUGGCUUUUGUCUGCUGAGUUGCCUCUAAAAACUUUUAUAAAGUAAAUAAAUUACAGAACUGUGUUGAAGCGACACUGAAGGAUCAGCAGCAACUUGCAGAUGUAAACCAAAAGCUGAAAUCAGCCCUUACCUCUUUUAAUGUGGUCUGUGUUCUUCGACAGCUGCUUUGAUAAUUAAGCCAAAUAUUUUCCUUCCUCCCAAUAAAACAAAAACAAAAUAAAAAA